CACACACACACACACACACACCCUCCGUCCUCCACUCUUCUCAGGCAAUUUCCGCGCGAGAGGAGCUCCCCCAAGAAAAGCACCAACAUGAAUGCCUGCAUCCUGGUGCCGGCGUCGCGACAUGCCCCGCUGGACACGGAGUCCUUUGUCCGGGCCACUGGGCGCCAGCAGAAGGCCCAGGAUGCCGAGAUGGACGACACCAACGGCCCCACCAACGGCCCGGUUACUGUGACCGAUUCGCAGCUUGUCACCCCGGGUGAAGUCCUGACCAUGGUGGACAAUCGCCUGACGCACGGGCAUUGCACGCGCAUCAUCCCGGCCUACGAGCUGAGCAGCAUUUCGCCGGAUGUCCUGACCGAGCAGCAGGCCACGCCGGAGCUCCUGUCGCGGUAUAUCCGCUCCACGGUGGCCGGCACAGUGUCACGCAUCAACAGUCUCCUGACCGUGGUCCCAUCGCGGCUGCCCCGCUAUCGCGGCCACACGGGCGAUGUUGUGGUCGGCCGGAUUAUCGCCGUCGGCCCGGGCCCGCGCUGGCGCAUUGACCUCAAUGCUCGGUGCUUUGGCGUCAUGCGUCUGUCCUCGAUCCUCCUUCCGGAUGGCGUGCAGCGCCGCAAGUCCCAGGACGAUGAGCUCCAGAUGCGCACCUACUUCAAGGAGGGCGACCUCUUCAGUGCUGAAGUCCAGUCGAUUGGCCAUGACUCGAUGAUCUCCGUGCACUUCCGCAACAACAAGUUCGGCAAGCUGAGCCAUGGCACGCUCAUCACCGUGCCACCGCAUCUGGUCCUGCGCUCGAUUCAGUUCACCUCGAUCCCGUCCGUUCCCGGCUCCGAGCACAACUCCGGCGCGGUGGACGUCAUCCUCAGCCUCAAUGGCUAUAUUUGGGUGGCCCCCAAGCCCAUGGAGGCCGGCGACUCGGACUUCUCUCCGGCUCACCGGCUGGCGGCAGCUCGGGUGUGUGCCGCCAUCCGCGCUCUGGCCAGCCACGAGCGCAUGAUCUCCAACCAAUCGAUCCUGAUGGUUUGCGAGGCGUCGGCCAGCUACUCGCCGGCAAGCCUUUCGCGCCCGGAGAUCGCGGCCAAGGUCAUCGCCGAGGCCAUUCGGUAAGGAAGAAGAACCGGGAAGACGCGUGCACAAUGUCCCCCUUCCCCCCCCCCC